AUGCAAGCAGUUGUUCACAUUGACCCAGAUGAUGGAAGCACAGAUGUAGAGACUGAUCCACCUCCACCCGGCUCACUGUAUGUGGAAGUCGUGAAGGUAGAACCCAAGUGUCAAGUUAAACUAAGCCCAAGUAUCGCCCAACAAUACUGCAUCUGUAGUUUGCCCGUAGUCAAACCUGCUUUAAGUAAGCGUCAACAGGUUCAGGGAUCUCGACAGAAGAAACGAGGGUUUAAAUGCGAACAAUGCAACUACAUGAGCCGGUGGAGGUACAACUUGUAUUUACAUUGUGAAGCGCACCACGACUCUGGAGAAUUUAAAUGCAAGUAUUGCCGUUACAUAACCAAGCGUAAGAUUAAUUUGGCUCCCCACGUGGAAGCGCAUCACACUACGACACAAUUUCAAUGUGCACAAUGCGAUCAUACCACCAAGCAUAAGUACGAUUUACUCGAGCAUCUAAGAUCCGUUCACGCUUUGGCUAUAGAUUCUAAUUAUUUGAAAUGCAAGCAGUGCAACUACUCGACGAAAUGGAAUCACAGUUUAGUUGCUCACGUCAGGGUGCAUCACGCUUCUGCCGAAUUUCAAUGUGAAAAGUGUGGCCUUGUCCUGAGAAGGAAGCAGGAUUUCUUUCAACAUACGAAAGUCUGCCACAAUUCCACCCAAUUUAAAUGUGGCCAGUGCAGUUAUACGACGCAGUCAAAUCACAAACUGAUCGUGCACGUGCGGCUGCACAAAACUUCCGCCGGUUUCGUGUGUGAACAGUGCAGUUACAAAACCAACUGGAAGGCCAGCUUGAUCAGGCAUGUCGAUGAUUUUCACGGUAUGGUCGAGUUUAAAUGUGAACAUUGCGAUUUUAUGGCCCAGCAUAAACGAGCUAUGAUUUCUCAUUUAAAGUCUCAUCAGCCGUGGUCCGACCUUAAGUGUCGGCAGUGCAAUUUUGUCACAAAAUGGAAGCAUAAUUUAGUCGUGCAUGUGGAGGCGCAUCAUGCUUCUACGGAGUAUAAAUGUACAAAAUGUGAUCGCGCAAUUAAAGGAAAGCAUCAUGUUAUGUAA